GUUAUCUGUCUGCCUCAGUUUCAGCACAGUAAUCAUGGGGCUGUGGGCACUCUUUGGCUGGGCAUCUCUCCUAUUAUUGGCGCUCACUCUGAUCUGCUUCCUCCUGUUCUGUGGAUACAUCCAGUAUAUUCAUAUGAAGUAUGACCACAUCCCAGGGCCCCCUAGAGACGGUUUCAUCUUUGGACAUUCACCUACAAUUCUAAGAUUAAUGAAAAACAACAAGGUGGUCUACGAUCAGUAUUUGGAUUGGGUGCAGAAGUAUGGGCCAGUUGUUCGAAUCAAUGCCUUACACAGAGUGAUUGUGCUCAUUACCAGCCCUGAGGGAGUAAAGGAAUUUCUAAUGUCACCAAAAUACUCCAAGAAUGACAUAUAUGAUCGUGUUGCUACUCUGUACGGAAUGAGGUUCAUGGGGAAGGGCUUAGUUACUGAUAAAGAUCACGAUCAUUGGUACAAACAGAGGAGGAUUAUGGAUCCUGCUUUCAGCAGAACUUACCUAAUGGACUUAAUGGGGCCCUUCAAUGAAAAAGCUGAGGAACUAAUGGAGAGGCUUUCUGAACAGGCAGAUGGGAAAAGUGAUACUGAAAUGCACAAUCUGUUUAGCAGAGUGACACUUGAUGUUAUAGCCAAGGUUGCAUUUGGAAUGGAGUUGAACUCCUUGAAAGAUGAUCUGACCCCCUUACCUCAAGCCAUUUCACUGGUAAUGAAUGGUAUAGUGGAAACACGGAAUCCAAUGAUAAAGUAUUCUCUCGCAAAGAGAGGGUUCAUCAGGAAAGUGCAGGAGAGCAUCAGGCUGCUUCGCCAGACAGGGAAGGAAUGCAUUGAAAGGAGACAGAAGCAGAUACAGGAUGGAGAGGAAAUUCCAAUGGAUAUUCUGACACAGAUACUCAAGGGGGCAGCUUUGGAAGAAGACUGUGACCCAGAGACUUUAUUGGACAACUUUGUGACAUUCUUUAUUGCUGGCCAAGAAACCACCGCCAACCAACUAUCAUUUGCAGUUAUGGAAUUGGGGAGGAAUCCAGAGAUAUUACAAAAAGCCCAAAAGGAGAUAGAUGAAGUUAUAGGUUCAAGGAGAUUUAUUGAGCACGAGGACCUCAGCAAGUUGCAUUAUUUGUCCCAGGUCUUGAAGGAGACCUUGCGCCUAUACCCUACAGCACCGGGCACAUCACGUGGAGUGAAGGAGGAAAUUGUUAUAGAAGGAGUAAGGAUUCCACCUAAUGUAAAUGUAAUGUUUAACUCCUAUAUCAUGGGUAGAAUGGAGCAGAAUUACACAGAUCCACUUACCUUCAACCCAGACAGAUUCAGCCCUGGUGCACCAAAGCCUUACUAUACAUAUUUCCCUUUUUCUCUGGGCCCACGCUCCUGUAUAGGACAGGUGUUUUCACAGAUGGAGGCCAAAGUAGUAAUGGCAAAACUUUUGCAAAGAUAUGACUUUGAGCUGGCUGAAGGACAAAGCUUCAGUAUUUUUGAUACAGGUUCUCUUCGGCCCCUAGACGGUGUCAUCUGCAGGCUGAGACCUCGGACAAGCAAUACAGCAACUACAAAUAAAUAUAUAUUUUAAUGCUAAAACAUAAGAAGGGGCCUCUAUACCUUUUUUCUCUUUUUGUCUAAAGGAAAUAAUUGUAGCUGAAUGUAUUAUUUAUCUCUUCCUUUUUUGACACGGCCGCCCCAAUUUGACGCGCAACAGAUUUUUUUUACGCACGCCAACUUUUUCUGCAGCGAAUUUUCAUGGAAGUUUCGCAAAACAAUUUGCCAAUGGCGAACUGCGGAAAUUUGCUGCAAAUCCAUGCCUGGCGAAAAAAUGUGCUCAUCACUAUCAAGGCAUUGUCUAUACAGAGAGAUACAUUAUACUAGAUAUUGUAUUCUGUAUUACAUUUCAGCAGGAAAAUGUUUUGUGUAGUGGCCAGCUGAAUUAAAAGGUUAAAUGGUGAAAUCUAAUAAAAGACACAAACUACCCAGGUGCAUUAAGCCAUAAGAACAAAAUGUUUGCUUUAAGCAAGAGACCAGUAUAUGAAACCAUUUAAUUGGUUGCUGUAGGUUACUAGACCUGUGCUACCACACUAUUUGCUACAUAACAACUAUGAUUGAAAGAAAAACUAUAUCAAAUAAUGUAUAUAAUAACAAAUGUGCUAUUAAAAAAUCUUAUCAACUU